AGGCUCUCCUCACUCCUCUGUGGUCAGAAUUCCAACACACGCACGCGGACGGACAAGAGGCCGAGCUCCGAGGUCUCUCUGUCCAAUGGCGUUUCCCUUAUCGCCUUCCGCCUCCCUCCGCCUAAAACCCUUCUCCACCCUCCGCAUCCUCUCCCUCUGCUCCAGUUCCUUCUCAAAGUCCCGGCCUUUCCCUCUCCCCGCCGCCGUCGCCGCCGCCCCCCGCCGCCCCUUCCCUCCCUCCGCCGCCCCGCUCCGGGCAUGCUUCUGCACCGCGAUCGCCGCCGCUCUCCGGUCCGGCGAGGCGGUCGAGGCCAGGAAACCGGAGCCCGCGGAUCCUCCGAGGGGCGAGUUCGGCGGUAGAGUCGGCGAGUUCAGGAAAAGGUUGAGGAUUUCGGAGAUUAAGGGCGGCGCCGACGAAGGGUUGGGCCUAGUCGGGCGGACGCUGACGGUCAUGGGCUGGGUUCGGACCCUUCGUGCUCAGAGUAGCGUCACGUUCAUCGAGGUUAAUGAUGGUUCCUGCCUCUCAAAUAUGCAAUGUGUUGUGGAUUCGGAUGCUGAAGGUUAUGAUCAGGUAGAAUCUAGCUUGGUGUCAACCGGUGCAUCAAUAUGGAUACAAGGGAUCCUUGUCGCCAGCCAAGGAUCAAAGCAGAAGGUGGAAUUGAAGGUCAAAAAAAUUAUGUUGCUUGGCAAGAGCGAUCCUUCCUAUCCCAUUCAAAAGAAAAGGGUUAGCAGGGAGUUUCUAAGAACAAAGGCUCAUCUUCGCCCCAGAACAAACACAUUUGGUGCGGUUGCCAGAGUCAGGAAUGCUUUGGCCUAUGCUACGCAUAAAUUUUUUCAAGAAAAUGGAUUUGUUUGGGUGUCAAGUCCCAUUAUCACAGCUUCUGACUGUGAAGGAGCAGGAGAACAGUUUUGUGUCACUACUUUGAUUCCAAGUUCAGGAGAAGCCACCGCUUCUCCCAUCGAUGUCAUUCCAAAGACUGAAAAUGGUUUAAUAGAUUGGUCACAAGAUUUUUUCGGGAAGCCAGCAUUCUUGACUGUCUCUGGCCAACUCAAUGCCGAAACAUAUGCUACUGCUCUCUCCGAUGUGUAUACAUUUGGACCCACUUUUCGAGCUGAAAAUUCUAACACGGCAAGGCAUUUGGCUGAAUUUUGGAUGAUUGAACCUGAACUUGCCUUUGCUGAUCUGGAUGAUGACAUGGCCUGUGCAACAGCCUAUCUCCAGUAUGUAGUGAGGCAUGUACUUGAAAAUUGCCAGGAAGAUAUGGAAUUCUUUAAUACCUGGAUUGAGAAAGGAAUAAUCGACCGACUGACGGAUGUAGUUAAUAAAGACUUUGUGCAAUUGACUUAUACUGAUGCUAUUGAAUUACUUGUCAAAUCCAAGAAGAAGUUUGAAUUCCCGGUGAAAUGGGGAUGCGAUUUGCAAAGCGAGCAUGAGCGUUAUAUCACGGAACAGGUCUUUCAUGGAUGCCCAGUAAUCAUCAGAGAUUAUCCGAAGGAUAUUAAAGCAUUUUAUAUGCGGCAAAAUGACGAUGGAAGGACAGUUGCUGCUAUGGAUAUGUUGGUUCCUCGGAUUGGUGAGCUUGUUGGAGGAAGCCAAAGAGAAGAAAGGCUCGAGUAUCUGGAAGCUCGUCUAGAUGACUUGAAGCUGAAUAAAGAGAGCUACUGGUGGUAUCUUGAUUUGCGCCGCUAUGGUUCAGUUCCUCAUGCGGGAUUUGGGUUGGGCUUCGAGAGGCUUGUGCAGUUUGCCACCGGCAUAGAGAACAUAAGAGAUGUGAUACCUUUUCCUCGGACGCCCGGUUCAUCCGAGUUCUAGCAGGAUUAUUCUUUUCUCGUGUUGUUACCGAGUUGGAGCUCAAGUUUCUCUGUUUUGACUUCUAAACUAGAUAGUCUUUUUGAAGUUUAAACUUGAAAGUCGUUGUAUAUAUAUCAUUCUUUAAGUGGCCUACCGAUGCCAUGUUCAUUGCA